AUGGGAAAAGCAAUCAUAGGUUAUUAUAGCUACUUGUAUGCAAGGUAUUUUGCAUCAACCUUAUGGGAAAGAGUAUGCAAGGAGGAUCCAUUGUCAUUAGAGACUGGUACUGUUAUUAGAAAAAAGUUACUGCAACAUGGUGGAGCUAAAGAUCCUACACAGUUACUUAAUGAUCUUGCUGGUGAUGGGAUUACAAGGAGCUACCAAAAUCAAGGACAUGGAGGAGGAGAAUCACACAAGUGUCAUCGCCUCUACUCUCUGCUAGUCGAUCACCACCGCCGGUUGAUCACCACUUCCAAUCGACUUCCACCCACUACAUCAGAAGAAGGUAAGAUCAUAUACGGUACACCAAGUUGUGCAGUCUUAUGUUCACUCCUUAUUGGGUCAAAUGGAAGACAAAACCAUGUAAUUCUUGGAAAUUUAGUUGAUAGAUUUAUAGGAUGGGCAUUGCCAUUGUUUAGAAAUAUUAAUGAUGGUGAUGGGACAGUAGAACUUGCAGCAGAAGGUCUUCAUGAAUUCCUCAAUGUUGCAGAAGGUCUUAAUGCUGGUGAUGGGACAGCUACUAAGCUCUCUUCACGACUUUGUCCCACUAUGGGAAAGUCAUGGAGAUUAUUUCUUCAGAUCAAGUGUUUAAUUCUAUUCUUUCACACAAACUUAUGUUGUCUGCAUGUGUUAAGGUAUUCAUUGCAGAUUAUUUCUUCAGAUCAAGUUUAG